AAAUCAGUCGCAUGAUGAGUUCGAAGUCCAAAUUUAAAAAAAGAGUCAGAUACGUACAAACGGAAGCCGCGUUGUUACUCCUCCAGUAGCACCGUGGGACGAAGGUUGGCAGCGGCUCGACUCACUGCAGCAGCGGGACUUUAGGUGUCGAUAUGUGGGCGCGCUUGUUAGCGGGGGCUUCGGGGGUCAGGCUGGGGGCUCGUGGUGCUGGUUGCGGAAGUCGGGACCUGCAGCGAAGACAUGCUUCGUCCACUGGAGAGGCCACGCUGAAGACCACGGCCCUCUUUGACUUCCACAGGGCUCACGGCGGCAAGAUGGUGGAGUUCGCGGGCUGGAGCAUGCCAGUGCAGUACAAAGACAGUCACGUCAGCUCGCACAUGCACACCCGAGAGCACUGCUCCAUCUUUGACGUCAGCCACAUGCUGCAGACCAAAGUCCACGGCAAGGACCGGAUCAAGUUCAUGGAGUCUCUGGUGGUGGCGGACGUUUUGGAACUUAAAGACAACCAGGGUACGCUGUCCCUCUUCACCAAUGACAAGGGCGGCAUCAUUGACGACCUGAUCGUGACCAAGACGGACCAGGACUACCUCUACGUGGUCUCAAACGCCGGCUGUGCGGACAAAGACUCUGCUCAUAUGAAGGCCAGACUUUCAGAGUUGAAGGCGUCAGGCUGUGAUGUUGAUCUGGAGUUCCUGGAUGAAGCCUUGAUCGCUCUGCAAGGGCCGUCCAUGUGUCGGGUGCUACAGGAGGGCGUGAAGGAGGACCUGGCCAAGCUGACCUUUAUGACGUCCGCCUUGGCCACCAUCUUUGGUGUCCCCGGCUGCAGGGUGACCAGGUGUGGAUACACGGGAGAGGACGGCGUGGAGAUCUCCGUUCCUCAGUCCAGAGUGGUGGAGCUGACCGAGAGGCUGCUGGCCCACAGCGAGGUCAAACUGGCCGGCCUGGGCGCCCGGGACAGCCUGCGACUGGAGGCGGGGCUUUGUCUCUACGGCAACGACAUAGACGAGACCACCACGCCCGUGGAGGCUGCCCUCCUGUGGACCAUAGGAAAGAGACGGCGUCAGACGGGAGGCUUCCCCGGCGCCGACGUCAUCGUGCCUCAGAUCAAAGCCAAGACCGCCCGGAAGAGGGUGGGCCUGGUGUCCACGGGGCCCCCCGUCAGACAGCACACACCCAUACUGAGCCCUGAUGGAAAGGUCAUAGGCGAGGUGACCAGCGGCUGCCCCUCACCCUGCCUGAAAAAAAACAUCGCCAUGGGUUACGUGGACGCCGCCUUUGCCAAGAACGGCACAGCGAUCCAGGUUGAAGUCCGAAGGAAAGUCGUGCCCGCCGUGGUCUCCAAGAUGCCCUUUGUGCCCACCAACUACUACUCUGCAUAGGAGGCACCUUCCUGUGCUAAAUGGUAUGAUGAACAUGCCCGGGGGGCUACAUUGCAUUUUUAGGUAUAGACCGGUGGUUCUCAAACUUUUUAAAGUAUUCAUUAAAAACAAGUAUAUUUUGUCCACAGUAACAUUACACAGUUUGAACAGUAACACUGUUUGAAUAUAGGAAAAUAAAACACUGUGUAUACUUUAAUCAAGUGAUUUGGCGUACCACUAGAGGUACACGUACCACAGUUUGAGAAUAUUUGGUGUAACUAUUAAAUAUGUUUCUUAUUUACUAACUAGAAGCUAGAGGAUGUGGUUCUGACCUUCUCAAGUGCCUUUGUCUUUUCCAAACAAACAAAAUCUAGAGAUCAACAGAUUGUCGGCACCGUUAUUUGGCAUUUUGACUUAUAUCGAUAUCAGCUUUGUUUUUAAUAAACAUAGACACACACACACGUGUGUGUGUGUGUAUAUAUGUAUACACAUAUACAGUCGUGGUCAAAAGUUUACAUACACUUGUAAAGAACAUAAUGUCAUGGCUGUCUUGGGUUUCCAAUCAUUUCUACAACUCUUAUUUUUUUGUAAUAGAGUGAUUGGAGCACAUACUUGUUGGUCACAAAAAACAUUCAUGAAGUUUCGUUCUUUUAUUGGUUUCUUUUUGUAGAAAAGUUACAAUCAAAUCAAAUUAGCUUCAUGGCAUGGCCUCUUAACUUCAUGUGAGUGAUUAUGAUGACACAUGUUGACUUCUCUGAGCCCAUUUAAAUAGGGCUCAUGUGAUGCAGUCAUUUGACUUGGUUACAAACGCGACAAUGGGAAUGUCAAAGGAACUCAGCACAGAUCUGAAAAAAACGAAUCAUUGACUUGAACAAGUCAGGCAAGUCACUUGGAGCCAUUUCAAAGCAGCUUAAGUUCCCAAGCAACUGUGCAGACAUUUGUUCGGUUUUCUCACUGCCAAGAUCAGGAAGAAAAUGCAAGCUAUCACCUGCUGCUGAGAGAAAAUUGGUCAGGAGGAUCAAGAGUCAACCGAGAACCACCAAAAAGCAGGUCUGCAAUGAAUUGGAAGCUGCUGGAACACAGGUGUCAGUGUCUACUAGAGAUGCGCGGAUAGGCAAUUAUUUCAUCCGCAACCGCAUCACAAAAGUCAUCAUCCACCCGAACCAACAUUUUAUCAAAACCACACCCGCCCGCCACCCGCCUGUUGUUAUAUAUCUAAUAUAGACGAUGCAAGGCAUUAGUGAGGUUAGAAAGCUUUUGCCUGUUAAAGAAAGGAGACUGAUCCAAUGCAGCAGAGACAUUCAAUGCGUGCCACACAUUGAUAUCUGUUGGCCACGCAUUAGUGGCUAAGAGAUAUUAAUGCGUGAUAUUAUUUAUUAUUAUUAUAAUAUUAUUGUCAUUUCCAUUAAGAAAGUGUUGACUAUUGUUGCCAAUGCCCUCAGAUCAGAAGUGCGUUCCCCACACUUUGUGUGCGUAGUUGCAGCAAGCAGAACGAUGCUUUUAAGAAGUUAAAAAAAUGUUUUAGAAAGACUAGGCCUAUUUUCAUUAGGUAAAAAAAAUGUUCUGAAUUUAUUUAAAUGAAUAUUAACUUGUUAACGUUAUAAUGCUCAAAUAGGGACGAGGGCGGGGUGCACAGUGAAACAGUGAACAAUUUUGCGACAAAGAUGAACCUUUAUUGAUUGAUCUGCAGCCAUGACCAAAUAUCAGACAAUCUCCAUUGUCAACGACAGGCAGGAAAAUAAAGAUAAACACAUAGCCUAUGUUGUAGGCAUAGGCUCAUACGUUUUUAAGUUGAAAUAAAAAAAUUUAAAAAAUGUUUUCCUCAUAAGCCUUAGGCUGUCAAUCACACGCACAAACUUAAAUUAUACAAUAACAUAUGUAUGUCAUACCUAUUUAAACAAAAAUAAAUAAAUAAUAAUAAAUUACCUGCAACUUAUUGGCCAAGGCAAAUAGCUGAAGCGGGGAAAUCAAACCCAUCAGACUGCACUCAGACUGUUUCAAAGAGUGCUGCUCGUUUUUCGUAUGUGGGUAACAGCAUUUAACUAUGUAUAUAUAUUUCCAAAUUGGUUCAACCGCCACCCGCCCGAAUCUAUUUAGAAUUUAUUUUUUUCGUCAUGUCACCCGCCCGACCCGCUGUUUAUCUGCGGACUCCACGGUUGUGUCCGCAAACCGCGCAUCUCUAGUGUCUACAGUCAAGCGUGUUUUGCAUCGCCAUGGACUGAGAGGCUACCAUGCAAGAAGGAAGCCAUUGCUCCAGAAGCGACACCUUAAUGCUCGUCUAAAGUUUGCUGCUGAUCACAUGGACAAAGAUAAGACCUUCUGGAGGAAAGUUCUGUGUCAGAUGAAACAACAAUUGAGCUGUUUGGCCACAAUUCCCAGCAACUGGUGCUUUAAAGAGAGUAAAUGGGACAAUGAAAAAGGAGGAUUACCUCCAAAUUCUUCAGGACAACCUGAAAUCAUCAGCCCGAACGUUGGGUCUUGGGCGCAGUUGGGUGUUCCAACAGGACAAUGACCCCAAACACACGUCAAAAGUGGUAAAGGAAUGGCUAAAUCAGGCUAGAAUGAAGGUUUUAGAAUGGCCUUCCCAAAGUCCUGACUUCAACCCCAGUGAGAACAUGUGGACAAUGCUGAAGAAACAAGUCCAUGUCAGAAAACCAACAAAUUUAGCUGAACUGCACCAAUUUUGUCAAGAGGAGUGGUCAAAAAUUCAAGCAGAAGCUUCCCAGAAACAUUUGGAUGGCUACCAAAAGCGCCUUAUUGCAGUGAAACUUGCCAAGGGACAUGUAACUAAAUAUUAGCAUUGCUGUAUGUAUACUUUUGACCAAGCAGAUUUGGUCACAUUUUCAGUAGACCCAUAAUAAAUUCAUAAAAGAACCAAACUUCAUGAAUGUUUUUUGUGACCAACAAGUAUGUGCUCCAAUCAC